CAUCCAUCUAGUCUAAAGCGUAAGCACAAAGAGUUAUGUCUGCAGGAAUUUCAUAAGUUCACUGACAUUGUUUUGCUUUGCUUCAUCCUUUAGAUCAUCUUCUAUAUGCCCCUAAAGUUUACCCUCAACGUAUGCAUGGGCCAUAGCAAAAUCCACCAUUUUGGACCCAAAAUUUGCCCUCGACUUAUACAUGAGGUCAACAUAUGGUCGAGUAUAUUUAGUACUUGCUCUUGUGACUUUCUCUUCUCCAACUGGGCCAUUUCAGGGAGUGUUUUGCUUUCAUGGCCAGCCUCCAGUUUUUCACCGGCGCCUUCUCCUUUUUGAUUUACUGAGGUCAAUUGGUUUUCUCGUCACAGGUUUUCGUGGCCCGAGAUCAACAGAGAUAUUUUCCAUCCCAGGCUUGACAUCAACAAGGACAUUCUGUUUCUUAAUUAAACACCUCUUUCCUGUAUCUGAAACCUUAAUCGGUUUUUCAUUUUGAAUCACUCAGAUUGAGCUUCUGAGCAGCAGCAGCAGCAGGAAAACCUUUCCCACCUAUCCUUCCACGCAAUGAUAUCUGAAUUCUGAAUUUGCAGCAUUAUUUAUUUGUCAGGUGGGGCCAUAUGUUACAUCUUAAGGGAUCCCUCCAACAACAGGAAGAGUUUACCUCGCUUGAGGAGAAACCACAGUUCCCAGGUGCUUCAGCUGAGUUUGUAGACAGGCUUGAGUUCAUCCAGCCCAAUGUGAUUUCGGGGAUUCCCAUCUACCGGGUCAUGGACCGGCAGGGGCAGAUCGUCAAUCUCAGUGAAGAUCCUCAGCUUCCCAAGGAGCAAGUCUUAAAAUUCUACAAGAGCAUGACCCUUCUGAACACCAUGGAUCGGAUCCUCUAUGAGUCACAGAGACAGGGGCGAAUAUCUUUUUACAUGACCAAUUACGGGGAGGAAGGCACACACAUCGGCAGUGCGGCCGCCCUUGACGACACUGACCUUGUGUUUGGACAGUAUCGGGAAGCAGGUGUACUGAUGCACAGGGGAUAUCCUCUGGACCUGUUCAUGGCACAGUGCUAUGGCAAUGCCAGUGACCCUGGGAAAGGCCGUCAGAUGCCUGUGCAUUAUGGCUGCAAGGACUUGCAUUUUGUUACAAUAUCAUCCCCACUAGCUACUCAGAUCCCACAAGCUGUUGGCUCUGCCUAUGCCAUCAAGAGGGAGAAUACCAACCGGAUUGUGAUCUGCUACUUCGGGGAGGGUGCUGCCAGUGAGGGUGAUGCCCAUGCGGGUUUCAACUUUGCUGCCACCCUUGAGUGCCCCAUUAUUUUCUUUUGUCGGAACAAUGGUUACGCCAUCUCCACACCAACAUCUGAGCAGUACCGCGGCGAUGGAAUUGCUGCCAGGGGUCCUGGCUAUGGCAUCCACUCCAUCCGGGUGGAUGGUAAUGAUGUCUUUGCCGUGUACAAUGCCACCAAGGAGGCUCGGCGCCGUGCUGUGGCAGAGAACCAGCCAUUUCUCAUUGAAGCCAUGACCUACAGGAUUGGGCAUCAUAGCACAAGUGACGACAGCUCUGCUUACCGCUCAGUGGAUGAAGUCAACUAUUGGGACAAACAAGACCAUCCUAUCUCUCGUCUCCGUCACUAUAUGGUGGGACGAGGCUGGUGGGACGAGGAGCAGGAGAAGAUCUGGCGCAAGAAAUCCCGUAAAAGAGUGAUGGAGGCCUUCGAAGAGGCAGAACGCAAGUUGAAGCCCAAACCUCAGCUCCUCUUCUCAGAUGUGUACUCUGAGAUGCCUUGGCACAUCCAGAAGCAGCAGGAAUCUUUGGAGCGUCACCUCAAGCAAUAUGGUGAACACUAUCCCUUGGACCAUUAUGAGAAGUGACUUUCCUGCCCAGGUGUAGGUCCUCAUCUCCUCCUUCUUCUAUAACUAGGAUUUGUAGAAAGAAUUUUGGCUCAAAGAUAGAGCCAGUGGUGAUGGUGUGAAAACAAGGUCUCGUUCCUCUGCUGUGGAAGGUAUGGCUGGGGAUCUGGGGAUGAGUGGGAUGAAGGACAAGCACCUAAAAACUCUGGCACCUUUGGUGGCUCCACACCAGCUUGGGUUAGCUGCCCGGACUGUUUUGCCCCAUUUUAAAAUAAUAUAUAUAUAUAUAUAUAUAUAUAUAUAUAUAUAUAUAUCAGUUGCACAUAGCCUUAUUUAAAGCACAGGGGCAGUAGGUGGCUCUCCUGCUCUGGACAUAAACUGCCUUAUCAGUGCUGUUCCGUUGCUGGAACAACUUCCUCUGCCUCCAGUUACAUCUGUCUUCUUGGGUCCUGCUACUACACAAACAUUGGACAGGAACCAGCAGGCAGCAUCUUGAUUUCCUUCCCUGGAGGAAGUUGUGUCCAAAACAAAAAGCACAUUUGCCAAAAUGAUCUCCAGUUCAUUCAUACACACCUGUGGAACAAAAGACCACAUUGGGAGAAAGCAAUAGAUGGAGCAGUGUGUGUGAAAGAGAGAAUGAGAUGAUCCACCUUGCUUCAAAGGUAAAAUUGAGAUGGCUAUGUAAAUCAAGUCUGUGCUGGAUCUGGUUCAUGGCUAGCCAGUGUCUUUUGAAGAAGAUCUGCUCAAUUACUCCUUUGAGGAAUACAUUUAUCAGCCUGAAACUUGUCUUUAGCUAAUUCAUCAAAACACUGAUACGGAAUGAAUUUCCAAGGGCUUUCUUUGGAAAUGAGGGGACAUUUAUUAGCCACGGAAAUAACUGCAGAGUGGUGUACAUUCUGGACUUAGUGGUGAAUCAGACUGGUGCUGUGAAUUUUAAAAAGGGUGGUAUGAACUGGGCUUUUGCCUGAGUCUCUUCCAUGGCCAAAAGGUUUGUAUUUCCAGCAUCUCUGCAAGGGUUCAGAGCUCCCUUGAUCUGUUACUUUUUUCUUAAUCAAAACUGUUACAGCAGAAAGCAAUGUUUAAUUUGGAGAAUAACAAGUGAAUGUGAGCUACUGUAGGCAGAUGUAUGUUUGACGAGGGGGUGACUUGCCAAACUAAUAAAAAAAUUAAGAUAUUUUC